AUGACUCUGAGUGUAGCAAUUUGGUCUAUGCAUCAUUUAGUGAUAGCUAAAGUUAAAAUCAAACUUGAAAAAGAGAAAAAGACCGAAAACAAACGUACAAAAUACAAUGUUGAGAAGCUGAGAGAUGUCGGACAAAAGCAAGAAUUCCAAAUUGAGCUCAGGAAUAGAUUCGAAGCACUUAAUAAUAUUGAAGCAGAGUUAGACAUUGACACAGAUUGGGAAAUGGGUAAAACUGUCAUCAAAGAGACAUGUGACAAAGUGCUGGGAAAGAAGACUAACAAAAUGAAAGAUUGGAUGUCACAAGGAACAUGGGCAAAAAUUGAAGAACGAAAAAGGUCAAAAGAUAUUGUCAACAAUGCAAAAACAAGACAACAGAAAAAUGAAGCCAACAGGAAAUACCAAGAGAUAGAUAAAGAAGUCAAACAGCACUGCAGACAAGACAAAAGAAACUUUGUAAACGACUUAGCCACUGAAGCAGAACAAGUAGUAUAUAGAGGUGACAUCAAAACCCUCUACAACCUCACUAAAACACUCAGUAACAGGCGAACCAUCAAAUCAAAACCUCACUAA